AUGGGAGUGAGGAAUGAGACACAGGUGGUGGAAUUUGUCUUCCUAGGUUUCUCCGGCAUUCCAGACAGCCACAUCUACCUCUUCCUGCCAUUCCUAGCCAUUUACCUGGUCACUGUACUAGGGAACCUCACAAUAUGUACUCUGAUUCAACUGGAUCCCAGCCUCCAUACGCCCAUGUAUUACUUCCUCAGCCAUCUCUCCUUCCUAGACAUCUGCAUCUCCUCCGUCACAGUCCCCAAGAUCCUGGUGAACUUCUUGCGCCAGCGACAGACCAUCUCCUACAACCAGUGCAUGGCCCAGAUGUUCUUCCUGCUCUCUUUUGCGGGGUCGGAGGCUCUGUUGCUGGCCGUCAUGGCCUAUGACCGCUAUGCGGCCAUCUGCAAACCUUUGCAUUACUCCCGCCUCAUGACCACCAAGGUGUGCACCAUUUUGGCCCUGGCUACUUGGAUCUUGGGCCCCCUAGACUCCGCUCUCCAUACAGUGCUCAGCACCACGUUAUCCUUUUGUGGCGUCAACCAGAUUCAUCACAUCUUGUGCGAUGUCACCCCACUGUUGAACAUUGCGUGCAGUGAUACACACAUCAAUAAAAUGGCAGCUCAGGUAGCAAACAUUUUGGGGGCUGGGGGACCCUUCUUCUUCAUCAUUCUCUCCUACUGCCUAAUUCUGCACUCCAUCCUGAAGAUUCGUUCCACCACUGGCAAGCGCAAAGCCUUUUCCACCUGUUCUUCUCACCUCAUUGUUGUCAUCAUUUACUACGGAAAUUCGCUAAUUAACUACAAUGGUUCAAGUGCUGGUGGUGGCUCCUUGGAGACUCCCACCCUGGCCUGCAUCAUGGACCUUAUAAUCGCCCCAAUGCUGAACCCGCUCAUCUAUAGCCUCCGCAACAAGGACGUGAAGGGGGCCCUGAAGAAGGUGCUGGGAAGCCAGAAGAAGACCGCAUGUCCCCACACUAUAAGUUAA